AUGAAAGACGGUCAGCUGUAUAUUACCACACUUUGCAGCUUUCUGUCGAACAACAUGGCUGCACGAAUUCUGGAUGAGCUCACACAGCCAAUUCGGAAGCUGCUACUUAACGAAACAGAAAUAGUUGCACUGAUAUCGCUUGUUCUAUUGGAUCCUGAUGUGCCAGGUUUGACGAUGGAUACAUCACGAGCGUUAGCAGCUUUGCGCGAUCGAGUGCAGCACGCACUGUUUCAAGUGAUCCGAGAACGUGUGGGCUCCGCAGAACAGCCAGUUUCGGCUGCAAUAUCACGUUUUGGCAACAUACUGCUGUUACUGCCACCGCUAGCGAAAAUUUCUUCAAUUUUUUGCGAAAAUGUGCAGUUUGCUCGGGUGUUUGGCUCGCAGACCAUUGAUCCGUUGGUUCUUCAAAUAUUUUUCGAUUCACCGGGUGAAGUGAUUCCAUCAACAACAUCCCGGGAACGUGCCGAUGUAUCCACGCAAACACACAACCUACAGCAAGUUUCACCGCGCCAUGCUGCAUCGGCUGAUGAGGAGAUGCUAAGUUUGGUGCAACUUACACCACCACCAACUGCCGGAACCCUCUCAACACUGUCACCGGUUGGUAGCGUUGGUUUACCCUGCUCCACAUCGCCACAGCAACAGCAGCAGCAGCAGCGUAUCACACCGAUCGUGGUACCGCCUGGACCGAAC